AUCGUGAUCUCUCGGAUGCAGAAGGAGCAGCACGCGCACAGGGGUCACCUUUCCGUCCGUUUCUGCAGCAGGAGGAGGAAGCUGCACCUUUUACUGCACAGCAGGGUAAUCUCCUGUAGAACUGACUGACAGAACGGCAGCUUUCUCUCUCUCUCGCUCUGCUGGGUGUAUGGAAAGCUGGUGAGUCCUCAGGUGGAGAAGUGCUUGAGGAAGUCCGCUCUGCUGCCACCGCGUUUGCCCUUUGGCCAGCUUCGCUCCGUUUGCAACAAUGUCCGGCUCCUACGAUGAAUCCGCCGCUGCUGACGAGGCCAUGGACAGUUUUUGGGAGGUGGGAAAUUACAAGCGUGCCGUCAAGAGAAUUGACGACGGCCAUCGACUCUGCAAUGAUCUCAUGAACUGCCUUCAGGAACGUGCCAAGAUUGAAAAGGCGUACAGUCAGCAGUUAACCGAAUGGUCCAAGAGAUGGAGGCAACUUAUCGAAAAAGGGCCUCAGUACGGCUCUACGGAGCGGGCCUGGCUGGCUGUGAUGACGGAGGCAGAUAAAGUGAGUGAGCUUCAUCAGGAGGUAAAGAACGGCCUGUUGAAUGAAGACGUAGAGAAGGUGAAGAACUGGCAGAAAGACUCCUACCACAAACAGAUGAUGGGUGGCUUCAAGGAGGCCAAAGAGGCAGAAGAGGGCUUCAAGAAGGCGCAGAAACCCUGGGCCAAGAAACUUAAAGAGAUGGAGACUGCUAAGAAGACAUACCACAUGGCCUGUAAGGAGGAGAAGCUGGCGGCCUCGCGAGAGGCUAACAGCAAGGCCGAGGCGUCCGUCACCCCUGACCAGCAGAAAAAGCUCCAUGAGAAAACAGAGAAGUGCAAACAGGACGUGCAGAAGGCCAAGGAGAAGUAUGAGAAGUCUCUAGAGGAGUUGGGGAAGUGCCAGCCGCAAUACAUGGAGUGCAUGGAGCAGGUGUUUGACCAGUGCCAGCAGCACGAAGUGAAGAGACUUACCUUCCUUAAAGAGGUGCUGCUGGACAUCAAACGCCACCUCAACCUCACCGAGAACCAAAGCUAUUCCACAGUGUACCGUGAACUUGAACGCACCAUCCUUGCUGUCAGCACGCAGGAUGAUCUGAAGUGGUUCAGCAACAACCACGGCCCCGGCAUGCAUAUGAACUGGCCCCAGUUUGAGGAGUAUAACCCUGACGCCACUAACGCAGUGGCCAAGAGGGAGAAGAAGAAGCCGGAUGGAGUGGCUCCUGCUACGCCCAGUACAGAACACGGUGGACAGCCAGGUGACCGUGGCAGUGUGAGCAGCUAUGAUAAGAACCAGGCCUACUCUGCAGAAUGGUCAGAUGAUGAACAACCUGCUGGAUUCUCGGGCAACGAAACCAACGGCGGUGCCAACUCGUUCGAGGAUGACAACAGGGGAGGCGUGAGAGUGCGGGCGCUGUAUGACUAUGAAGGACAGGAACAGGACGAGCUAAGCUUCAAAGCAGGAGACGAGCUGAUGAAGAUCGAGGAGGAGGACGACCAGGGCUGGUGCAGGGGCCGCCUGGACAACGGCCGGACGGGCUUAUACCCAGCCAAUUACGUUGAGGAAAUCUAAUCACACGAGGAGGACACACCAUUGGAGGCAGCUCCGAUUGUCUGAUCUAAUAGCCCGGCGUGAAGCCAGAGACUUUUAAGAGCAACACAUACUUUGCCCAACAAAAUGCGCUAAGCAGUCUUUGUCUAAAAACAAAAAAAGAGUCUUAGUAAUGUUAAAAAAUAUAUAUUUACGCAGUAUAUAGGCCUCCGGUCUGCGAGGGUGGGAAGAUCAUACACGAUAUAUUGAGAAACAUUAUCGUAGUAUAUUUACAAUACACAUAUACUCAUCUAUAAAUGACCCAACCAUAUGCAAGUGCAGGGAUACAUUUUGACAUGUUCUUUUUUUGUGGAUAUGAAUUAUGUGCAGCUUUCAUGAAAUGUCCGUGUAAGUCACUCAUAUCAAUACAUCGUCCAAAUGAACACGCAUGUGGCCCAGACCGAUGCAUUGUGUUUAUUUGAGGUGAAAAUCUUUAUGUAGCAGAGUCAGUGUGCAUUAAAGCAUCCGGUCUUAUGAAAACAGGAAAAAAAACACACCCCAUCAUUCCUCUUUUCCACUUUCCCUGUUCACCUAGUCAGUGUAAUCUGUUCUAGUAUUGUUCUCUUGAUGUCUGUGUCCUUUGCGCAUAGCAGCAUGUGCUAUGCAACAUGCAAAGCCCCUGGAUUUCCUCAGGCCAUUUAUAACUGGAUGCAAUGCUCACAGUGGCCACCGCCUCAGAGGGGGCAGUGUGGGACAGCUGGAUCUCAACCUCAAACCAGGAAGCGGAGAAACCUGAAACUAUCUAUCCGUCGUUAUCUCCUCAUUGCAUCAUCACAAACACCACCACCACCACCAUCAUCCCAUUCGUUCUGACAUGAGCAAACAGUUUGUCCACAUCUAUUUACUUUUCUGUGUAUAUGCCGAGAGGACUGCUCAGAGACUGUUUACUCAGAACCUCAGAGAAAGGUUCUGUAACCACAUCUCAUUUGCAUCUGGGGGCCUAGAGCGAUGAAAGGGCCCUGGGCUUGUUUGUUCCUUCCUUCAUUCAUGCUCACUUUUCCACACCUUAUUGACAUGAAUGUAGUUUUUUUUGGGUUGUUCACGGCCUCCUGUGCGCAAAAGAGCUACUCACCUGGCACUAUCUGUUCAUGCAUUGCGCGUCAUGCAUUUAAUAUAAAAUGUACUGGCUUCGUCCCGUAUAUGGACAGAUUACCCUGCUGCUUAGCUCUGACUCACUAUACGCAUUAAUAAUGCUGAAUAUCCUGGUCAGUGGUGUCUACACAGUGAACAUGUGGUACCUUGUCUGGUGAAACUGCACCCGUCCAAGUGGAGUAUGAGGUUCAAAACGAACCAGUGUCCAUCUAAUAUCUUAUACACUAACACAUCAUUAAACCCACUCUUGAAACCGGUCUCGUCGCAUAUCAGCAUGUACGCUGGAGGUCAGUGCUGGGAUAAUACUUUGGGAGCAUUCAAUGGCCAGUUUGUUCCCAAUCCAGAGUAGCGAAUCCAAAUUAUAGUGUGACCAGUGAUCAGAGGACACUACCACGUUUAGGAAUACAUGAAGAUUUGUAGAUGUUUGGACGUAACGUGAAUAGCCAAGUUUCUGUAAUAACAGGAGAAAUCCCACCACCAGCUUUUACAUGAUUUGUAUCGAUAUAAGCUGUCCAGCCUAGCAAAAAUGAAAAUCCAGUAAUACACACCUAAACAGACACCACGUAAUACAGGGGACUGAUGUGUUGGGGAAUAAUAUAAAACAUCUUUAUUAUAUCCAGUGUGUAUGAGUUGUGUUGAUGUAUAGAAACAAAAAAAGUCAAAAAAGUGACAAAAAAUGCAACACCAAAACAAUACAUAGUGUCAUACUUGUAAAUGUUAAAUGACAAAAGUAACGAAGAUGAAGAAAAUCCUGAAUAAUGUUACGCUCUAUAGGAACCAUAUUGUGUUACUUUUAUUUUGAUUGCAAUGAAACUGUCUAUGUACCAUACCUGUAUAAAUGCGUGUGGUCCACGCCGUCCUAUUUGUAUAUGAUGAUGUAAUUUAAAGAUUAUAUUCUAUUGUAACUGUACAACUGUGUUGAGUAGAGACAAAAACCUAACUAAGUUGAGACAGUAACGAAACGUGUACAUGUAAAUGCUUUUUUUUAUGUCGAUCUGCUCUUUAUGCAUACGAAGGGGACGAUGGCUUCUGUCGUGAAAAAAUUACUACUUUAGCAGUCUAGAGGAUGUAUGUAUGUUAAUAGUUAGUGAUGUAAUUUGAUCUCCUUACUGGUGUAGUGCCUGUUCAUCUUAAUAUGACAUAACGUUCAUUUAAAUAUGCAUAAAGACGAAGCUGAAAAAAACGAAACAUGAGGAUGGUUGUGACGAUGACGAUGGUCAGUUAGCGCUGAAAACCUGAAUUUACGUUGUUGUGCUGAUGUCACUAUUGCAAUAUAUUAGUUUGGGAGAACAAAACAAGUUUGUUGAGAAAAGAAAA